AUGCCUGUUGCCACUGAUAUUUUGAUGACCGUGUAUUUUCAAGUGUGGGCCAAGACUUGCGCGUGGACCACGUGGGCGCUGCACUGCUCCCGCUGCCGCGCGCUGCUGGAGCAAGAGGACUGCGUCUCCAGCGUCGACCUUGACAUGGCGGAGCGGGGUGAGCUGCGCGAGCAAGACCAAGACCUGAUCUGCUGCGCCCCGGGCAGGCAGCCAGAGGGCGCCUGGUGUGCGCGCGUGGUUCCGAGGGGUCCGCCUGGAGUGGCGUGGACUGAGCUGGGCGCGGCCGAUGACCGCCCAGAGGACUCGGUGGACUUCGCCGCACUCGGGGACGUCAACGAGCACAUGGCGGCGCCAGACGGCAUCGGGCUGCUCUUCGAGCAGCUGGCGCUCCUGGGCCCGCCACCCGCUCGCCGCGGCCUCGGCGCCGAGUGCCUGCAGGACGACAUCGACCUCCUCUUCGAGCAGCUCGCCGCCUCUGGCCCGCCGUCCACCCGCCGCGGGCCCGCCGCGGGCCUGGGCGCCGUGCGCGCGCUGGCGCUGGAGAAGCUCCACUCCGACCCUCCUGGGCGGGCUGGCCCGCCCGGCGGCGCCGGCUCGGCCCGCGAGAGGGACCAGGGCCCGCCCUGUGCGGCCUCCUGCGACCUGGAGCGCGGGCCUGGCCCAGCGUCGGGCGGGUGCGGCGGCGCGGCCUCGCUGGGGGUGGGCGCGCCGGGCUCCGCGGAGGCGGUGCGGCCCCGCGCGUGCCCAGACUGGCCGCGCUGGACGCUCCAGGACGUGGAGACGGCGAGCGACAGCGAGCUCUCCCCGCUGCUGGAGCAGGAGGACUCUGUCUCCAGCGUGGACCUCGACAUGGCAGAGCGGGGCCGGGACGUGGACACGGCGAGCGACAGCGAGCUGUGCCCGCUGCUGGAGCAAGAGGACUGCGUCUCCAGCGUCGACCUUGACAUGGCGGAGCGGGGUGAGCUGCGCGAGCAAGACCAAGACCUGAUCUGCUGCGCCCCGGGCAGGCAGCCAGAGAGCGCCUGGUGUGCGCGCGUGGCUCCGAGGGGUCCGCCUCGAGUGGCGUGGACUGAGCUGGGCGCGGCCGAUGACCGCCCAGAGGACUCGGUGGACUUCGCCGCACUCGGGGACGUCAACGAGGAGGGAGGCGACGCACGGAGCCCACUGCCGCUCAAAGCGACCAGCACAGGCUGGCCGAUUGGUACACGUGAGCACGCGGACAUCGUGGGCAAGCAGGACGACACCUGGGCGCAGCCCUGCCAGGGAUCGAUCGCGCCUGGCGGCGCUGCAGACCUCGACGCCGCAGAGCAGGGCAGGGCCUUCUCGCGUUCUGGCGUGGCCACGCUCCAGCGCGUAGACGUGCCCGUCGGCAUCCGGCCAGGUGCGACUGCGGACCGUGAAGGUGUUUCAGCCGCGAGCGAGCUUCGGUGCGGCAUGCAGGCCGCUGCAGGCGACAGUCAGGGUGGCAGCCCAGCGGAAGAUACCCUUGAACAGCCGGGGCCCUCGCUGGAGCACCGCCUCUGGAUCGUCGAGCAGAAGCUCGACCUGCUGCUGGCCAUCUCGGGGCGGCGCGCCAGGCAGCGGCGCCGCGUCGCCGAGGAGCGGGAGGGCAGCAGCGCCGCGAGGGCUCGCACGGCUCGGGUUCGGCGCUCGCUCCACUGCCCGCCCGAGCGCCGCGACACGGCCUCUGCCAGGCUCGUGCAGGUGGCGCGGCGAGUGCGUGGCAAGCACUCUGCCGCUGGGCGCGAGGCUGCCGCGGCGCUCGCGGACCUGGCUGCCGCGCUGGGCACGGUGGCGCCAGGGCGCGGCGCGGCAAGGGACGCGGCCACCAGCCCCGACGGGCCUGCAGAAGACGACGGCGCCUGCCAGCCCCAAGCGUGCCUGGGCGCGGACGCCCCUGUCGCGCCAGCAGCGGCGCCCACGACUGCGGCGGGGCGGGGGGGCACGGCACUUCUGGCCGGGGCGGAGCCAGGCCCCGCCGCAAUGGCGGCGCCCGCCCCCGCGGCGCCGGAUCCCGCGGGGCUCCCGGCGGCGCCCGGCGCCGCCGCGGCGGGGCCGGAGGACACUGCGCCUCUGGCGGGGGCCGAGCCUGGCCCCGCAGCGGCGGCGCCCGCGCCCGCGGCGCCGCAGCCCGCGGCGCUCCCGGCGGGGGCCUCGCCCGGCGCGGGAGCGGCGCGGCCGCCCGACGCCGCCGCGCCGCGGGCGGCCCCGAGGCCCGAGGACGUGGUGCUCAAGGUCCGCUGGGCCCGCGAGACCGUGCGGCUGCGCGUGCCCACCCUGGAGCUGCCCAGCGUCCGCAGCGCGGUCCUCGGCGCCGCCGGCGUGGACGGCGCGUCGCACGUGCUGUCGGCCGCGGGCGGCGACGGCGAGGCGCUCCCCUCGGAGCCCGAGGCGCGCGCCGAGCUCACCGAGGCCUCCUGGUCGGGCCUGCUGCGGAGCGCGGCGGCGAGCCGCCCCGGAGCCUCGGGCGCAGCAGCCCGGCCGCCAGUGGUGGUGCGCCUGGAGCUGCGGCGGGCCGCGGCGGCGCACGCAACGAGGUCGUCCCAUGACUUCGACGUGUACAUAGAUGCCGCCCCGACCGCGGGGGCGAGCCAGCAGGAUCGCUGA